UCCACACAGUUUGCGCCGCAAACAACGUGACCAACGUGCGUCUUCACAACCGACGCGCAACACGGCGAUGCGGCAGCACCGCGUCCCUGGCACUCCCCGCGCUUAGUCGACGCACCUCAGCUUGCGCGCUCGCCGACUACGCCCUACGGCGCGGCAACUCACCUGCGACCCACGCCCCAGCAACGCACCAGACCAAUCCAUGAACGCAAAACAUGCCUGAACGUGAGCUUUCACCGUACAGCGCCCGUGUCGCGCUUACCCGGCAGCUGCAGCAGGGCCAGGGCAGCCAGUCUGCGCCGCCCGCCCAGCUCAACCGCCGGCCAUGGGACACGCGUGGACCACCACCGGAGCGGAGGCACAAUGGUAGCAACCACUCGCCAAUGCCACAACGAGGGAGGGGGCGGGGCGGAAGACCUUCGCCACCACUUGUUCGCGGUCGGGAGGGACGCGAGGAAAGCGCGUCUCCGCCCCCAAGAAGCCGGAGGGACAGUCCACCACCAGAGCGGUCGCCCAAGGCAAAAUCAAAGGACGCGUCAGUCGAGCCUGCCCGAUCCGUACGCGAUUGUGAGGCAUCACCAGAGCCAUACCGGAAGCCGCGCGAAGCCUCGACGGAGAGGAAGAGGGACCGUUCGAAGGACAGACAUAGCAGAAGGGACAGGGAUCCAGUGAAGGACCAAGAUCGGCCACGGGAGAGGGAGAGGACGAAAGGCAGAGACCGGUCACGGGAGAGCUACAGACUGAAAGGCAGAGACCGGUCGAGGGAGAGCCACCGGUCGAAAGGUAAAGACCGUUCACGGGAGCGUGACAUGUCCAAGGGCAGAGAUCGCUCGAGGGACCGUCACAGAGAGAAGCGCCGAGAACGCUCCACCGAGCGCCGACGCGAUGGUUCACGGGAGAGGAAACGCUCCAGAGAUCGCGGCAGCCGACGCGCCCGCUCGCACUCUCGUGAUAAAGACCGUCACCGACGUCGCUCACGCUCUCCUCUCCCCGUCACGCGCCGCUCCCCCUCGUCCUCCCCGCCCCCCAAACGCCGCCGCAAACACACGUCCUCCCCAUCGCGCUCGCCCUCCCCCCACCCGCGUUCCAAGCGCCCCCUCCCCGACCAAGAAAUCUCUUUCCGCGGCACCGACACCAGCGCCCUGCCCCCCACCAAAUACGGCGGCGCCCCCGCCAACCUCGAAAAGCCCAACUUCAAGCCCACCGGCCUCCUCGCCAAAGCAGCCAACAAAGUCGAAGGCACAAAAAUCAGCCUGAAAUACCACGAGCCCCCCGAGGCGCGCAAGCCGCCCCCCUCCCAGGCCUGGCGCAUCGUCGUAUUCAAGGGCGACGACGUCGUCGACAGCAUCGAGCUCGGCUCCAAAAGCUGCUGGCUGCUCGGGCGCGAGGCCAAGGUCGUCGACUACGUGCUCGAGCAUCCGAGCAGCAGCGGGCAGCACGCCGUGGUGCAGUUCCGCUAUGUGACGAAGACGGUCGAGGACGAGUAUGGGGUGAAGAAGACGAGAGGGAAGGUCAAGCCGUAUUUGAUUGAUCUGGAGAGCAGCAAUGGGACGGUACUGAAUGGGGAGCGGGUUGAGACGAGUCGGUACUUGGAGCUGAGGGAUAAGGAUAUACUGAAGUUUGCGGGGAGCGAGAGAGAGUAUGUUGUUGUGCUUCCGCCGCCCGAGGAGGCGAAAGAGUAGGGGGAGAUGAAGCACGUAUGCGGCUUCAACGCUGGGAUGCUUUGUAUUGGGAGUGGCCGAGUCAUUCACUGCAUGUUGGGAGUGACUGGGUUGGUAGAUAUUGCAUUUUACAACGACAUCC